UUACAGAUUUAAACCCUUGUGAACACGUCCAGGUGAGCAACAGAGUGCUUUAUACCCCCGCCCACGUAUUAUUUGGCGUAUAACCACGUUUGUAAUCAAACAAACCUGACAACUGAUGUCUGUUAGUGUCGGAUAAUGUGUUCGUUAUCCGAUAAUGGCUACUUUCCAGCCGUGAAGUAAUUUAGUGAAAAUAAAGAUACCCAACAAUAAUGAUUCUCACCGGAUCAGACCAUUUCUUAUCGGGUUCGGUGGGAGUGACUGCUUUUCUUGGAGCAGUAGCCGGUUUCGUUACUCUUCUCUUGGUACUCUUUUUAUAUCUAACACGAAAAUGGACUUUUACACCCGUUUCGCAGACGGUUUUUGGUGGAAUCUGUGUACCAUUAAAUGAUACAACUCAUUGUUCGGAUUUUACAACACCUCCGAUUACCAAAAAUUUAGACAAAAUCUUUACAUUUUCGGAUCCAGAAACAAGUUCUGAUUCAGAAGAAGACGCAUUCCGCCGAUUACAAAACUCUCAUUCGACACAUCCUCCGAAUAUUCUCACGAUUCAGACUGAAGAUGGAUCAACUUUUGUUGAUGCUGGUAAUACUUCCAAUAAUUGUAAUGAAGAACAUCCUUCAGAUCAACAAGAGUGUGUGGUUGAAGUCGGAUCUUCAAAUAUUUUAAUGGAAACACCAGAAUCUGAUAAAGUUAUUGAAGAACUUUGUAGUCCAUCGAGCGAAAUAGCACCAACACUUGGUGGAUUAAUUGAAGAAAUAGGAAGCUUAGAAGUGGCAUUUUUGUAUGACGCACCAAUGCGAGAAAUGACGGUUCAAGUUCUUCAAGGACGAAAUUAUCCAGCAGGUAUCGGGGGAAGUCAAGUUCGUCUUGUUUUGCUUCCGUCAAAGAAGCAGAGACGUAAAACACGAGUUCGUCAAGGUACAUCACCACAAUAUAUGGAAAGUUUUUUAUUACCUCGAGUUAAUCCUGAAGAUGUUAAUGCAAUGGGCGUAAGGUUGAGAGUUUAUCUCUGGGGUGGUAGAAUGCGUCGAGAACGACUUUUAGGUGAAGCUAGAGUUUGUUUUGAUCAAAUCAAUCUUCAAUUAGAAACCACACUUUGUCUGCCUCUACAGCCUCCACUCUCUUCGCCGGUCCAAGAGUGGGGUACGACUACGAGUUUAACUCGAAGUGACUCAACCGGAUCUCAACAGUCUGUACAGUCGUAUGCAUCUCCAACAAUACCUCCUUACGGUAGUAGUAUGAAGGGUGGAAGCAUAGCUGAAAUACUUAUCGGUCUUGCUUAUAAUGGUACUACCGGUCGUCUUUCGGUAGAAAUAAUAAAGGGCUCACAUUUUCGUGGUGGUGGUGGUAAUGAUACAAAACCACCAGAUACAUAUGUUAAAUUAACAUUAGUUGACAGUAAUAGUCAUGAAAUGGGUCGAUGUAAAACUGGACUGAGACGAGCACAACCAAAUCCACUUUACAAGGAAACUUUUAUAUUUCAGGUUGCUUUGUUUCAGCUAGGGGAUGUUACACUUUUUGUAUCAGUAUAUAAUCGCCGUCGUUCAGCGAUGGGUAAAAAAGGCCGUGAAAUGAUUGGUUGGCUUUGUCUUGGAUUAAACAGUUCUGGGCCUGAAGAGUUACAGCAUUGGAAUGAAAUGCGGAUUGCAAGGCAACCAACUCAAGUGCAACGUUGGCACUCACUUUUACGUCCAUAAAUUUCUCUAAAAUUUGGCAAUUUAUGGAUAAAUUUAUUUAACUGGAAAUAGUCAUUCCAGGUGUGACGAUUGAUUAUUCGUCUGAUUGUUACGAAAUUCGUCGAUAUUACGAUGAAGAAAAUGAUGAUAGAGUUCUAAAACGGUGAGUUUUAGAAACUAAAAUAUUGUUUGCGAUAUAAUAUCUUUAUGCAGAAUUUUUUACUGCCCAAAAAAGUCUUGGAGUUAAUAAAUUUAAAUUGUCGUGAACUUUUUAAUGAAGAAUAUAUCGUGACUUUUUGUGUCAAUAAAAUAUUUUGGCUGUGGGCAGCAUUAGAGUUUUAACAAUUUGUCAUAAAAUGACAUAAUUAUUUGUUUUUAAAAAGUCGGCAAAGGCAACAAAUAAACUUUUUAUCAUGUGAAUAAUAUUAUAUUAUGAAUUGUAAAAAGAUAAAUUCACUCGCCAAAUUGAAUUUAAUUCAUAAUAGCACAAAUACUACUAUCUUUUUUCUCAUUUUCUAUCCAUUUGUGCCUGAUGCCAAUAACAAUUUUCACUUUUUCAAUUUUACUUUUUGUGCCUUUGAUCCUCUGAUAAAUGCUUGUUCAUUGUGAUUUUAAUUCAGCACAAUAUCACAACAUUCAAUCAUUGAGAAAUAAAAAAGUACAGUUGUUUCAGUAUUAAUUUAAUAAUAUUUAUUGAUCUGAAUUUCUGCUUCGAGAAGAAGUAAAAUUCGAAAAAAAAAAAAAAUAAUAAUAAACAUAUUUUGAAACGUGCUAAUUGCAGUACGUUGCAAUUUAGUACAUAACACUCAACGACGCACAAUUCACAUCUUGCACCUCAUAAAUGCAGAUUGUGAUACUAUUUGGCUACAGUUAUAUGAAACAUUUAAUCUUGAGAAAUGAUUAAUCAAUGACAUAUUCAGAGCAGAAAAAUAAGUAAAUUAAUAAGAAAAUAAUAAUAAUAAUAAUUUAUAUAAUAAUUCGAAUUGUAAUAAUAAUCUUAAUUAUAAUGAUAAUGAUAAUAAUAUUGAUUAAAAUGAUAAUUUUAAUAAAACUAAUAAUAAUACUAAUAAUAAUGAUAAUAUUAAAUGUAUUGGAAAAUAGUAUGAUAUCACGGUAAUGUAUUGCCAGAAACAAGAAACGAAUGCUGUGAAAAUUUCAGUAAUUACAAAUUCAUAAAUAUUAAAAAUUAUAUAUUUAUUAUUUACCAAAAUUUAGAAUAAAUUAAUUAUCAUAUUGUUGUUUUAUUUCUUUCGAUAUUUAGUAAAUAACAUUGAUAAAAACGUUCAGAAACAUUGCCUGAUUACUAAAAAUCGAAAUAAACCAUUCAAUUGAUGAAAUAAUUAAAAAUGCCCUCGCAAAUUAGUAAUAUUAGUCAACAAGAAAUGAAUUGUCUACAUUUUUACUAAAAAUAAAUGUGAUUAAAUAACGUAAUUUAUCUAAAGGUAAUAUUGCUAAGAACAAUUUCGAAUAUUAGGAUCUCAAUUAGAUCCUCGUAUUUUAAUUAUAAGUGUAAAGAUGAUCUAUUUCUAACUAAUUUAAUCGCAAAUUUUUUUAAACCCACACUUAAAAAUAUUAAUUCCAUUAUUAUUAAUUAUUUCUCUAUUGUCAGAUAGAGUUUUUUUGUCAAUCUUUUGUUGUUAAAUAGGUACGAUGAUAACGAAAAAAAAAAAAAAAAUUAUAAAAGUUUGAAGAGCCAAUCAUAUCGAUUGUUGUUGGUUAAAUAUGUUAAUGGAACAAUGUUGGAUUUUUGUCCACGUUUUUUCUAAAGCACUCUUUCAAUGUUAUUUAAUUGAAAUUUGUCUACUGCACAAAAUAAAACAAACAUAAAACUACCGUAAUCAAUGUUAUUAUUAACUAAUUAAUAUUACAUUUGUCGCAUUUUGUAAACAAAAAAAAUGUAUUUCGGUAUUGCAAAAAUGAAUAAAUCUACGAUAGUUAAUCCCAUAAA